AUGGGAAUAUUAAAUGACUUGCAUGUUCUCUCCAAUGGCGCUAAAUGGAGUGAUCUUAAAAAACCUUUAUACUAUAAACCAAUUCUAAUCUCUGUCUUCAUGAGAUUCCUGCAGCAGAUGACUGGUAUAACCCCAAUUCUUAUAUAUCUGGAGCCCAUCUUCCACAUGACAGAUGUAUCACUAGAACUAAAAUAUGAUGCAGCAUUAGUGGUAGUUGUUAGAAUGAUGUCUAUUGUUAUCGCAGCCAGUUUGAUGGACAAAGUAGGUCGAAAGGCUCAACUGUUCAGUUCAGGUUAUGCUAUGGGUUGCGGUCCAGUCACAUGGCUGCUAAUGUCAGAGAUUUUACCCUUGGGUGCACGUGGUGUAGCAUCUGGUUUGUGUGUUGGUGUUAGCUGGAACACAGCCUUCAUUCUGACACAACUCUUCAUGCAUGUGGUGGAGGCAUAUGGACUCUUUGCAACUUUCCUGUUCUUCUGUGUCGUCUCUGUAGUGAAUAUAAUUUUCACAGCUAAAUGUGUUCCAGAAACUAAAGGCCGGACUCUGGAAGAAAUUGAGAACUAUUUCAGGACUGGCCGAACCUUCACUAUUCUUGAUUCAUAA